UUAAACAUCUGCUCUUCUUUCAUUUGCGAUCUUUCAACCACCAAAGCAAGUCGUGUUUAGCCGAGGUCUAUGUUCACUUACUUUGGAAUCCUUACAAUUUGGUUACUAAUCGUCCCUCUUUGAUACAACCAAACUAACAAACUAACCAACAAACAAACGAUCAGGAGAAUGACGUCGAAGGUGAUCACGGAAGUAUAUGGAAAGAGACUGUUGUCGAAUGCUUUGUCGGAACACGUAGGUGUAAUUCGAUGUGUGAAAGUGGAUGCAAGCACGGACUGGGAUAGCCUCGUCGGCUCGCAUGAUUGGCUUCAAUCGGAACCACUCGUUGUUAAACCGGACCAGGGACUGAAACGACGCGGUAAACUUGGGUUGCUAAAGCUCAAUACUGACCUAACAACGGCCAGAAAAUGGAUUGCAGAAAAGAUGGAAGAAGAUUUACUGGUGGACGGUGUCAAUGGUCGUCUUCGCCAGUUCAUCAUUGAGCCUUUCGUGAAACACGAUCCCUCCUCAGACGAAUAUUAUGUGUCCAUCUACUCCGAGAUGGAUGCCGAUGUCGUCUUGUUCCAUCACCAGGGCGGUGUCGAUGUCGGUGAUGUCGGAGAGAAGGCUCUGAAACUGAGACUUGGACUUAAAGAGGAGUUAAGUGACGUCAUUGUGAAGGAUGAACUCUUGAAGAACAUCGCACCUCAGAAGAAAAGUAUCGUGGCCAGCUUCAUUGUGGAUCUCGUCAAGAUGUAUCAAGAUCUGCAUUUUACUCUCCUAGAAAUUAACCCCUUGGUUGUUUUGGACAAGGUGUAUCCGCUGGACUUGGCUGCGAUGCUAGACACCAAAGCCACACCUGUGUGUAAGGACAGAUGGGGCCGGGUGGAGUUCCCCCCGCCUUUCGGAAGACUGCCCAGUGAAGAGGAGCGAUUUAUUUCGGAGCUGGAGAUAGGAACACCAGCCAACGUGAAACUGACUGUCUUGAAUCGAAAAGCACGAAUCUGGUCCGCUAUCAGCGGUGGAGGAAUCUCUCUAUUGCUGGGAGACACUGCUAUGGUACACGAAUGCUCUCAUGAGAUAGGUUGCUACGCUCAGUUCUCUGGCCCAUUGAAUCCAACACAAAUGUACGGCUUCACUAAGACAGUGCUAGAUUUGAUGUUGGCAGAGAAGCACCCGGAUGGAAAAGUACUGGUGACCGGCAGUCAAGCAAUUGACGUCACAACACUUGUAGCCAAUAAGAUUGGACCUGGCGCAGGAAUGAUGAACGCACUUGAGGAAUACAAAGACCAAUUGAUCAAGCACAAAGUAUCGCUGUAUAUCAGAACUACUGUCGGCAUCGUCGGUGCUGAAAAUGAGAAACUUCCACGGACCUUGGCAAAUCUUGGUAUCCCUGUGUAUGUGUUCGGAGGCGAGGUACCAAUUUCCGACGUUAUCCGUUAUGCUCUCGGCAAAGAGGUGAUCCCGAAGAACGUCAAUCACCCACGCAUCUACCGGAAUGAAAGACAAACACCGCCACGUACCAGUAAGACUGCAAUUAAUGGUUUCACUGACAGAGAAAACAACGAUAUUAUGACUCUAUCACCAGACGCCAUCUUCAACCCUAGAACAAUGGCAAUCGCUAUUGGCAUGUUCCCAAGCGCCAUACAGAACAUCAUCGGGUUUGAUUUCGUAUGCUCCCGUACACAACCUUCCAUUGCCGCGAUUGUCCGACCAAACAGCAAAAAUUGUGAGGAAACGUAUUCAUGGGGUCAAGACGUUAUAUCUAUACCAGUGUAUGCUAGCCUAUACGAUGCUGUCAACAACCAUUGUGACGUCACAGUAGUUCUCAACCAGGCGAUUGGCCCGGCUGGUUACACAUGCGCACUUCAUGCACUCAGCACGCCACAAAUUCGCUGCAUCUUGAUGAUGGUGGGUCACAUCAACGAGCAACAAACCCGGGAGCUUAUCGGCCUAGCCAGCAGGAAACGUGUCCUCAUGAUAGGACCGUCAUCGUUCAAACACGGCCUACAGGUGAACGUCAUCAAGCCAGGCUCGUUCCGAUGUAAUCUCUUCGGUGACAUCGGCGGACCUUUACCCGAUCUUGUUGAGCUGAAGCUCUACCGCCAGGGCAGUGUGGUGUAUCUCUCUCGAUCCGGUGGACUUUCCACCGAGUUGUGUGUCUCCAUUGCCAGGAACUCGGACGGAAUCUACAUGGGCAUAGCACUGGGAGGAGGAAGGUACACAGGUUCGGGGAUCAUGGAUCAUAUCAGGUUUCUUCAGGACAACCACGCCGUCAAAUGCUUCAUACUUAUCGGAGAGGUUGGUGGAUUAGAGGAGUAUGAAGUAUGUGAAGCUCUGAAGAAAGGAACCAUCACAAAACCUGUCAUUGCGUUCUGCAUCGGAACAUGUACAGAUCUAUACAAACAAGAGCCUGCGUAUUUCGGCCAUUCUGGAGGAGGAACGGACAGUGAGCGAGAAAGUGCGAUGGUCAAGAACCAAGCUCUGGCACAAGCUGGCGCUAUUGUACCCGAUACUUUCGACUCAAUGGCUGUCAAACUUGCGGAGGUAUAUGACAAGCUCGCAUUGGAGGGUAAGCUUGCACCCCUGGAGGAACCACCUGUGCCUAUGAUCCCAUCAAACAUGAAACCAGCGAGACGCCCUCCAGUUUUAUCUCAGUAGUUAAGAGGUGAAAUGGGGGAGAUCCCCCAAACAAGUAUGCUCCAUACGGAUGGUAAAUCUCGGCUAGAAAGUUUCAGAAAAAUCUGUUAUUUCGGAAAUACAUCAGAAUCCAUCUUCUUAUCGGAAUAAUGUAUACCCGUGUUACAGAAAUGUAGUAAACAGUGAGAUACGAAAAUGUAAAAGAGAAUAUAAUUUUCUGGAUUUAAACGUGUCAAAAGUAAUAUUAAGGCUUCGAAAAUCAUAAAUGAUAUUUAAGUUGGGAAAAAAAUGGUAGACAGAUACAUUAUAAACAGGCCAUUGUCGAAGCAUUUAAUAAUUUGUUUAGCACGAUUGGUAGGGACACUGUAAAUAAUAUACCUGAUGCCUCAGUUGAUAUUCCUGGAAUAUUUGAAAUUGUUAAAAAAAAACUUGAAUCAUGUAAAACACCAGGAUACGAUGAUGUUAAAAUUGCCGAUCUAAAGAAAUUUAUUGCUACAUUUGUUAUAUCGCUUUGUAAUGUAUUCAAUAUGUCUUUACAAGUUGGUGUCUUCCAACUGCCUUCAAGAAGGCGAAGGUGAUUCCUGUAUACAAAACAGGAGAUAAACAUAUUUUAGAUAAUCAUGGACCAAUAUUAAUUUUAUCUACUUUCUCAAAAUCUUUGAAAAAAGUAGUUUGUAGUCAUCUAUUUUCCUUCUUAUGUAAAAGAGAUAUAGUAUACCAUAAACAGUAUGGGUUUAGAAGAAAUUACGGUACAUAAUAUGGCUCUUUUGGAUUUUACGAAUAUUAUUGCUAAAUUAUUUGAAGAUAAACAAGUUGUUAUUGGUAUAUUCUUAGUUCUUACCAAGGCAUUCGAUUGUUUAAGUCAUCAAAUAUAAUUUUUAACAAUUGUAAUUUUAUAAUAUUCAGGGUACUAUACUUAAGUGGUUUUCCAGUUAUUUAAACAAUAGAGUGCAAUAUGUAUGUGUAAAUAAUUUUUCUUCUAAAAUUGCACACAACCCAUUUGAUGUCCUUCAGGGAUCAGUAUUAGGUCCGUUAUUAUUUUUGUUGUUUAUUAAUGAUGAUAUCUUACAGUCGAUAAUUUUUACAGAUGAUACAAGUUUAUUUUUGUCUGGUAAAAAUAUUGAUAGGCCUACAUUGAGUGAUUUCAUGUUGGGUGUUAGUGUUAGAGUUAGUGUUAAGAGCAGUCAAGAGCUCUUAAAUAGAGCAAAAAAAUUGCUGAUGAAAUACUGUAGAGCUCGAUACCGAUAUCAAUAUCGAUAGCUUAACACCACUGUGGGCACUGUGACUUUGCCACACAGACUUUAUUUCACAACGUUUUGCAAAAUCGAUAACACUAGCUACCUGAAGUUGCCGAUAUUCAGAGGUCAAAGCCUUAACACAAGCUGAUUUCCAUUUCGGUGUUUAGGGCGAGUGUUCGUGUUUAUUUAACACUAACACCAGCCCUAAACACUCAACUUGAAAUCACUCAUUGUGUUCUACUAUAAAUACGGAACUUUAAAGAAUUGAUACAUGGUUUAAAGCAAAUAAAUUAAAAUUGAAUGCACAAAAAACGUGCUGUAUGUGAUUUCAGCCAGAAAACAACAAUAUUAAUACAUCCUGUAUAGAAAUAAGUAUCAACCAACAAAAUAUAUCUAUAGUAAAUUCUACAACUGUUUAAGGAGUAAGAAUUGACAUAAAACUGACUUGGAAAAAACAUGUACAUCAUGUAUCGUGUCAAAUAUCUAAAGCUGUUGGUGCAAUAAACAGAAUUAAAAAAAUUUGUACCUUUUAAUAUUCUUCUUAAUCUGUAUAACACCAUGUUUAUAUCUUAUCUUAGUUACUGUAAUAUAGUGUGGGGAGAUUGUGCUAAAACUCAUUUAAAUCGAAUUUUAAUUCUUCACAAACGUGCAAUACAAAUUAUAUUUAACUUACAUUCUUUCUCCCACACUGCUCCUGUAUUAAAAAAACAUAGUAUAUUAACAAUAUAUGAUAUACAUAAGAGCAACAGAUUGGUAUCUUUAUGUUGUCUUACUCCAAAAAUAUACUUCCAAAAUUUCAAGAUGAUUGUUUUAUAUGUAAUAGAGAUGGGCUAAUUAUGAAACUCGUCAAUCAAAUCUUUUCCAGCUACCACUGUGUACUCAUGACAUCUCAAGAACAACAAUCAUUUAUGCCGGACCCAAAUUAUGGAAUAAAUUGCCUCAAGAACUUCAAAUAUGUCCAACAGUGUCAAUUUACAAAAGAAAGCUUAAGAAAUAUCUUGUAUGUGAAUAUAACUAAGAUUAUUUUGUACAUAAAUGCCCUUCCCUUUUUUCUUUUUGUAAUUGAUUUGUUUGGUUCAAUUCUAAAUGUUGAUGUUUUUGUGUCAUUUUAAUCUCUGUAUUUCUAUCUUGUUUAUUGUAUAUUUAAGAAACUCUUUAUGUAAAUAUUAUUAUCUUUGGGAAUAACCUCGAUAGGCCAUUGGCCCCUUUUUUUUCCAACACAUUAUGAUUUCAAUUGAAGAUGUUUCAUUUUAGCGUUUGUUAUUGUAUAUAUGCAUAUCAAUUGUAUUUGUUUUGUUUUUAAAUCAGAUGUGGAAAUAAAACUUGAACUUAAACUUGAUGCCACGCAAGCUCGGCUAAUAUUACUUGUCAAAGAAUGAUGAUGGACAGAAUAUUUUGUCAAUAAAAUUGAAAUAUAAAAACAAUUAUUUGUUUUGGGAAAAGGUAAGGUUAAAUGGGCUAAAUGGUGUAAAACCGACUAGACUUGGGAGCCUUUUUAGCGAGUGCACCUGCCGGUUGCUGAGGGCCAACGCUAACGGCGACGGUAGGCUGACGACAAUUUAAUUAAUAAUGAUUAAGUAAUGAACAAUUAUCAGAGACUAAGAUGUCUAAAAUAGUAAGUUUAUGUGCUUGAUUGGAUAAAACUUUCUGGACAGGUUCCCAGACGAAUAUUUAUAUUUGAUGGAAUACUAAUAAGUUCCUGAAUGUAACUCACUCAUGCAAUAGUUAGUACUACGCCCUCUCUUGGCACUAAUUUGUAUGUUCAUCAUGAACUUUGUUUGUAGAGUACUGAUAAUCGUAGUGAUGUUCAAUAAUAAGCCAGUUUGUAAAUAGCUUCGAAACGCAUGACCCGAAAAUAUCCUCAGAUCUUUUACACGAUGGAUACGUCCCACUUGGGCAUUUUAGAAUAAUCACUGCCGAAGUGAUGGAGGUGCUUCAUGAAUACCUUUUGUUUGCCUCUUGAGAAAAAUAGUUCCACCUGUGUAUCAGAUAAAUGUACUGUCGGUACAUAAAUAAAUAUUGAGUACAAAACUUUCAUGAGCACGAUACCAGUAUUCGUCUCGAUGGGUUUUACAAAUUUGGGAGCAAAUGACCUUUAUCUGCCCCUGCGCAAAUAUCAUUUACGAACUGGCUUAUCUUCAAACUUUGUGUAAUUGUUAUGAAUUAUACCUAUUUGGCGAUGUAUAGACAUCACUCAUUGUUUAUUAAGUGCCCCACUCUUUGUGAAAGUGAAGCCAUCAAUAAAUAUAAUAAUUAUUUUGAUACGUUGUUUACCACUGUAAUUUAUGAAUGUGGAUAAACAUGUGUAAAUUGUGACGAUCGUUGCCAUUCUUUUUUUGGUUUUAUCUGUAAUGUUCUAGUUACAAAUUCCACUAUCUACAAAUAUAUACACAGUGUACCUGUUUAUAGUGAACAAAACUAUCAGAAAUUUGAUUAAAAAUAAACGAUGUAAAAAGAAAAAA